ACACACUAGACUCUCACUCCUAAAACCCUAAAUCGCGCAUAGACCACACUAUCGGCUCCAUAUCAGAAAUCUAAACCCCUCUAAACCCACAAACACCAAUCACAGCUCUCCGUAUUCCAUCUCACCCAGGUCUAAUGGCUGCUCCAGCGGGUAUGGACAAGGAACAGAUUUUUGGUAUGGCUGAGAAGGAGAUGGAGUACAGGGUUGAGUUGUUUAACAAGCUCACUCACACAUGCUUCAACAAGUGUGUAGAGAAGAAGUACAAGGAGGGUGAGCUAAAUAUGGGUGAAAACAGUUGCAUUGAUCGCUGUGUCUCAAAGUACUGGCAGGUGACUAAUCUAGUUGGCCAGCUGCUUGGGGCCGGUAAGCCAGGAAUGUAAGAUUUCGGCCUAGCCUACUUGAGAUUCACUCUCCAUUCGAUAUUUGUUGUGGGAUUGGGGAUGUGGGACUGUAAUUGUUCUCUUCUUACGUCUCUUUUGUUGUUGGGGCAGUUUUUGAUAUAUGCUGCUGUUCUGGAACAAUUGUCAUUGUCUGUGACUGUCCUGUUGCACCUUGAAGUGUUUUGAUGCUGCUACUAUUUUGGCAGCAAUAAAGUAGUACCUAGAAUUAUAUCUGAACUGUUAAUGGUUCAACUCUGCUAGGCCAAGUUUGUAGUUCAUAACCAUCAUAAUACUUUAGUGCUAGUAAGAUACCAACAUACUUUUUGUAUGGUUCUCCCAUUUAUCUCAGACCCUUAGUCAUGUGAUGGCUUCCAAGG